AUGGAGUCGCGGUUACGGAAAUUGCUUUCACCCAGGAAGCACAAGGCUCCAAGCAUCGAUGCCACUGCUGAGCUGGAUCUGCAGAGCAUACCAUCUAGCACGACUCCAUCGCAAGGCCGACUACCUGUGCUCAUCGGCCAAGCGCUAAGGAAAACCCGUGCAGUCAAGCUGCGCGAAAGCAGUCUGCCAACUGACCCUCUCUCUUCGUUCUCCUACGAAGAGGCCGCACCGGGCAAGCCUCCCCAGCUGGGCGAUCGGCCUCAGCGAGGCAAUGGGCCGGUCAAGCUUCAAACCAGUCGGCGCCUGAGUUCUGGAGAGCUACUGGUCACGGAGCAGGACUACGAUCGCACGCUGGAGGAGAUCCGGGAAGGAGAGUACAUCGUCGGCGGCAGAGACAGAAGGGUCUCAAAGUCAUCUUCUCAACCCAAGUCACCCACGGAACCCACCAGUCUGAAAUUCAUCUCAACGGCUCCCAGUUCGCCUAGAGAGGACGUUGUUUUCUCUGCUCCAAUCUGGCAGCCACCAUCUGUACCCAGCGAGUUUGGCCCAGUGGCGUCUCCUGCUUUGAACUCCAGUAUUUUCCAUCCGCCGCAGCGUUCGUUCUCGGCUCAAGCAUGUUAUCCAGACUACCGCCACGAUGGCUUUGGACUUUCAAGUCCAGCGCAACCGCUCUAUGCUCGUCCCUUGACGUCAAGUACGUCCCUCUUAGAAACUCAAGAGGAGCAUAACCCGACGAUUCAUGCGCUCUGGAAAGCCGAGUAUAGUCGGCUUGUGUCCAUGUGCGGACAGACAGGUGUGGACCAACCCAUGGUGGAGCGUGGCAUUGACCAUGGUGCUGCUCCUUCGACACAUUCCUCGUCCGUCAACCGCCAUAGGUCCUGCUCGCACUCAUCUCGAUCGUUAAGCCAGCCCUUUCAUCUGACAAACAGUCUUGCAAGGACCGGAGCAUGUUUGAGAACAAACGCAUCCACGUCGGUCCUCGACCUGGCCUACCACGAUGACCGCUCGGAAGGGUCAUCGCACCUGAGAUACUCUCACCUCUCCUCGAGCGGGGCGUCCUCAUCCCUCACCACGCGGACAAGCAUGGCCGAAGAGUCCAGCACUACGAGGGAUGACAUUCGCAAGAUCGUUGACGAAAUGCGGACGACAUAUCUACAGGCCAUUGAAGCUCAAACUCCACCCCUGCAUCCUGUGUCGAGCCCAUCGUUGGACAGGCCUCGAUCUAAGACGCAAACACCGUCUCUCAUGUCGUAUGCCUCUGUUGAUAGCAGCCUGAGGUCUGCCAGUCGACAGUCCACGAGCACGACGCGCACCAAGUCGUGGCAGUCGAAUUCGACCCAUUUCACGACUCCUCGCCCAUCCACAACCUCACCGAUGAAGUCGAAACGGCCAGGAUCGGCCACAAGCCGACGGACUUCUGGCCAACCUGGAGCCGGCAUCGCCACCUUGACGCCCAUCGAAGCAAGCCCUGCGAAAUCCGCCAAACUGAGCCAAAACAAGAAACCCCACGACGGUGGUGGCGGCGGAGGUCUGAAACGGGCCGACUCGACGACCUUGGGCGCAAUGGCCAGGAAAUUGGCCAUCGUCGACGACCGCCUCUCGACCGUUUCUUCCCAGCCAGGCUCGAAACGGCCGCCGACGUUCUACAACUCCUCGGGCUCCGACUCGGACUCAUCCUUGUCCGCGGCGUCGUCGCCCACGAAGGACUCGUCAGUGCAGCACACGCCAGUGAAGCACAAGUCCUCGGCACGGCAGCAAUCGCCGCUCGCGAAACAUCCCUGGCAGAUCGAUGUCGAUCAGAUCCUCCCGCGAGACGAGGACCUCGAACUGGCGCUUGACCUUGACGAUUUCGAGACCCUGUGCGAUGGCUUGUUCAACGCGCCGGCCUCGACGGGAAAUGGACGACCCGGCAUAUUCGAGGCGUGGAAUGAUCGUGACGCAGCGGCAGCACCUCCCCAGCGCCACAAUACCGAUACCGAUACCGAUACCAAUAUCGAUCCGUUCGACCACGACGCAUUCGCCUCAACCGGGCCGGCCGAGCUGAAGAUGUCCAAGUUCGCCAACCACCAACUGGGGCUGGGCUUGGGCUUGACGGGCCUCCCUGCCAUGAUAUGA